GUGGCCGAGCGCAGUCGGGUGAAGCCGAACACAAUCGGGUCACGCCGAACAGACGAACGCGCGCAGCUCCAGCUCAGCCGUCUGGAGCCGAACCGAGCCGGGCGGAGCCGAUUGGACGCGAACGCAGCCGGGCAUAGCCGAUUGAAGCCGAUUGGAGCCGAGAGCCCCGGGACCGCCCGCGCUGCUGCAUGGCCGGGAAGAAGCUGAUCGUGGUGUUCGGGGCCACCGGGGCCCAGGGGGGCGGCGUGGCCCGGGCGCUGCUGGACGAUGGGACCUUCAAGGUGCGCGCGGUGACGCGGAGCCCCAGGAAGAAGGAGGCGGAGGAGCUGAGGCGCAGCGGAGCCGAGGUGGUGAAGGCAGAUCAGGACGAUGAGGCAUCGCUGGAGCGGGCCUUGGCGGGUGCCUACGGAGCCUUUAUUGUCACCAACUUCUGGGAACACUGCAGCAAGGAGAAGGAAAUCGAGCAGGGACAGCGUCUCGCUGACCUGUCCAAGCGCCAGGGUCUGCGCCACGUCGUGUUCAGCGGCCUGGAGAAUGUGCACCAGCUGACGGGGGGCCGGCUGGAGGUGCUGCACUUUGAUGGCAAAGGCGUGGUGGAGGAGUACUUCCAGAAAAUCGGGGUUCCCACCACCAUCAUCCGCCUGCCGUUCUACUUUGAGAACUUCCUCUCCAUCUUCAAGCCACAGAAGGCCCCGCAGGGAGACACCUUUGUCCUGGAGCUGCCCAUGGGGGACACUCCCAUGGAUGGGAUGGCUGUGGAGGACCUUGGGCCCGUUGUACUUUGCCUGCUGAAGUCCCCAGGGGAGUACAUUGGCCAAGUGAUAGGACUCAGCACGGGCAAGCUCACCGAGGCAGAGUAUGCUGCCAUCCUCUCCCAGCAGACGGGCAAGACUGUGACAGCCAGCAAGAUCUCCCCUGAGGAGUACGAGAAGCGAGACUUCCCUGGGGCCCAGGAGUUGGCUGCCAUGUUCCGUUUCUACGCCCUAAAGCCAGACCGCAACGUGGCCCUGACCAUGAAGCUCAACCCCAAGGCCCGCACCUUCCAGCAGUGGGUGGGGGACAACAAGAAUGCCUUCUGAGCCUCCCCUCCCUCCUCUUCCUCACUGGGUUCUGCAGCAGGCAGGGGGACCUGGCUGAGGAGGGGAGGUGCCCUGAGCCAUGCUGCCUUCCCAGCAGUGCCCCAGGGACAGGCUGCUCCUGCCCCAGCUGGGGAGAGCUCAGCCCACUUGCUGCUCCAUGUGUGGGCUCCUGCAGGGUGUUGGGACUAUUUAGGCAGCUAGAACAAGAGGAAGGGCUGGACAGCACAGGCAGAGGGGUGGCAGAAGCGCUCCCUCUGUCCUCAGGGAGAUGUUGCUUUAGUCAUCGUGGGUGUUCUAGGGUGGUGGGGGCUUGUUUUCCCAGGAUCACCUCCUUUCCCAGGCAGCUCUGAGCAUAUGGCACCACGUGGUAGGCUGAAGGUGUGUACCCAAAGGCACUGCCUUUGGGGCAGGUGUCCAUGGCCAGGGCUGCUGCAGGCUCCUGAGCAAACAGAAGACACCGAUUUCUCCAUGGAUCUGGUUUGGGCCCUGCAGGUGAGCUCUGGAGAGAUGGAGGCUUAGUGUCACCCCAGCAAGCAGGGACUGCAGUGACUUCCUGUGAGUGUAGCACAAAAGCUGAGCCUGCUUCCUCAUCAUACAGCUCUGGCCCUGCUCCUUGGGCUCCUGGGCUAAUUUCAAUCACUGUCCCCAGGAGCUGAGAUAAAACUCAACUUUUUCUAGACUGUCCACGGUUCAGUGGAAAAGCCCCUUGCCCCUCACAUGCCUGAAGUACUGCUCAGAUAGGGCAGCUUUGUGUUUAAAGUCAAUCCCAGCCUCCAGCAAUGCUUGAGCCAUCCAACCCUGUCCCCUCCUUGUCCCAGAGACCUUCAUUCUUGUCAGGAGGGGAGGGAAAGGAGGUGACAGAGCAGGUGGAAGAGUAGACAAGGCAGCAAGGCACAGCACAUGUUAAAUAUCUUUAUGAAGUCCAUCUUAUUUACAUGGGUACAGAAUCACUUUACAGAAGUUUAAUCAGGAGGCAACGCGUGCUUUAUUUCAGCAAAUUAAGAAGGGCAAGACUACAGCACGUCCCUGUUUAACUGGUGUUGAACUGAUUAGUAUGUGGCUGAUGGUACCUGCACAGUAUCACAAACACAGCAGGCUACAGUAACCAUGGAAUACUCACUGCAAGAGCUCAGCUCCAUCUGGAAGGAGUGAUCCACCUCACUUGCACUCUCACACAAGUAAAACAACGAUGCUUUGACCAAUCCUUUACGCUACGGGUGUUGCACUAAAGUAAUAAAAGAUUUUUGUCCCCAA